UCGUCUGUUCCUACAAUUUUAUAUUUUCUAUGAAAGAUAUUAUCAAACAUAAAUUCGUAAAGCAUUCAAUAUAGUCUAUCAUGAUUUAUGAUUUUCUUUUAAAUAAAAGAAAAAUAAAAAUAAAAAAGGAAAAUCAUACUUCAGCCAUGAUGGUCACGUGACUUACGUGAUUGGGUCAAUCAUCAGGGGUGUACAUAAACUCAUCUUCAAAUGCAAAACCUGCUUGAAAGUUGAAGCAGAGUAAAGGGUACAGCUCUAGACAUCGUCGAAUAGCUUAGGCGCAUCUCGACUGAUCCUCAAACCAAAAAUUCUUCCCCUCGCAUGGCAAACUCCGACAAUCACAGGACGCCGCCGCACAUCGCUCUCUUACCCAGCGCGGGCAUGGGCCACCUCAUGCCCUUCCUCCGCCUUGCUGCCAUCCUCUCCUCCCACAACUGCACCAUAACCCUCAUCACCCCCACCCCCAUUGUCUCCGCUGCCGAAUCCACCCACCUCACCACUUUCUUCUCCAGCCACCCGCACAUCCGCCGCCUCCACUUCCCCAUCCCGCCAUUCGAUUCCUCCUCCACGCCCAUCAACACCGACGACCCUUUCUUCAUUCGCUGGUCUCAAAUCAGCCAGUCCCUGCCCCUCCUCUCCCCUCUCCUCUCCUCUCUCUCUCCUCCCCUCUCCGUCAUCCUCUCCGACUUUUCUGCCUCAAUGAGCUUCAGCCAACUCGCUGACCAUCUCUCCAUCCCUUACUACGUCGUUUUCUGCUCCUCUGCCAGAUUUCUCUCCCUCUUUGCCUCCCUUCCUUCCUUAAAUCUUGGUGGGAUUGAGGAUUAUGUCGAAAUCCCAGAUUUACCCCCACUGCCUAAAUCAAGCUUGCCUCCCCCUUUAUUCAACCCAAAUCAUUUCUUUACGUCGUCUGCGAUAUCGAAUAUUCAAUCUAUCCCCAAAGCCAAAGGAAUGUUUUUAAAUACCUUUGAGGAAUUCGAAUCCGAGGCAAUCACAGCACUCAACAAUGCGAGAGUGUUAAGCAUGAAACUACCACAUGUUAUUCCAAUUGGCCCACUUGAGCCAUUUAACGUUGAAAAUGGCGAAAAAUCGAAAAAGGGUAGUGAUUAUCUGAUGUGGUUGGACGGCCAAAGUGAUGGAUCAGUGCUUUAUGUUAGUUUUGGGAGUAGAACGGCCAUGUCAAAGGAACAAAUAAGGGAGAUUGGAGAUGGGUUGGAGAGAAGUGGGUGUGCUUUCUUCUGGGUGUUAAAAGGUAGCAAAGUGGACAGUGAAGAUAAAGUGGAGAUAGAAGAAUUACUAGGCGACGGGUUCAUGGAGAGAACGAAAAGCAGGGGAGUUGCGGUGAAAGGAUGGGUGGAACAGGAGGAGAUUUUAUCGCACCCCGCAAUCGGAGGGUUUGUGAGUCACUGCGGGUGGAACUCGGUGAUGGAGGCGGCUCGACAUGGGGUACCAGUGCUGGCGUGGCCUUUACACGGCGACCAAAAGGUGAAUGCGGAGGUGGUGGAGAAGGCGGGGUUGGGGAUGUGGGUGAGGGAGUGGGGAUGGGGCGGGGAGAGGUUAGUGAGAGGAGAAGAGGUUGGAGACAAGGUUAGAGAGAUGAUGAGUGAUGAGAAGUUGAGGAGGAGAGGUAGGGAGAUCGGGGAAGAGGCUCGGAAGGCAUGGGAGGGCAGUGGCAGCUCUCUGAGGGCUCUAAUGGAAGCCAUUGAUGAAUUGAAGCACACAAAUUCGGCAGCUAUUUCUUGAGUGGGUGUUGGUUGAAUGUUGCUCAUUCUGCUAGGUGGAGGGCCACUUCAGUUGUUCUAAAUUUGACGCAAAUCCUCCAUAGCAAAUUGGAGAAAACAUUCAAACAACAUGGAAGAGAUGUGAAAGAAAGGAAGUGUAAAACACAAGUUGAUUUCUUGUUGUGAUACUUGCGUGCAUCUCAAAAUCAAUUGGUAAUGAGUGGAGAGAUCCUUUGUGUUAGUGAUUAUUUCCUAAGCAAUGUGAGACUAUAUUUCUUUAACAUCCUCUCACAUACAGUCGCGUUUGAGGUCUGUUACGUGUAACAUCUUUUUUAAGUCUAUCAACUUAGUUCUGUAUUGUGUUAGUUUCCUUGUAUGUUUGGUGUGUAGGGGUAUUGCCUUCAAUGGAAAUGAGCAUGCGGUUAGCAGAGUUGGAUAUGGAAAUCAUAAAUGAGAGUGAGGGGUCCAGAUGUUGAUUGCUCGACCCACAGGAAAAAUAUGUGGUGAACAAGAUUGUUUGGACCACCACUUUGCAAUGCUAGGACGACUAAUAAUUACGCUCCAAUAACACCCGUGGUUGCUACUGUCCUAAAGACGGUCCUCCACCGCCACCGAUAGUAAUGUAAGAUUAUAUUUCCUUGACACCUAUUGCAUCAGUGGACCCAUGCAACCUACCAGAGGACGGGAUGCAUUUACGCAUUCGUGA